ACGCUGAGUGAGAGUCGCCAGCAGACAGAGUUGCAGCCAGCUAGCACAUCAAAAGCAAACGCAAAUAAUUAAACCCAAUACUUAAGCAAGCAAACAAAUCAAAAAGCAACAACAAUAAAAAACCCACCAAUAUGUCCAAGAAACUACCAACUAUAUCCGUAACUGCUGAGCAGCAAACCAAACCAAAGCAAGCCCAUUCCAGCUCCAGUUCAAGCUCCCACGACAGCUACAGCAAUGACAUGGACUAUGGCAACAACGGCGGCGGCGUCACCGACGUCGAAGAUUUCGAUAGUCAAAUGGAGCAGCUUAAGCCGCGCUCCAGACGCAAUUCCACCAGCAAGCAGCCAGCAAAACCAACUGAUAAUGAUGUAACCGAUGUAGAAGACUAUGACACUGAAUCUGACGAUGAGGAGAAGAGCACUGCCUACCCCGAGUUGAAGCUGUCGCUGCGUGAGUUCUUGCAACAAGGCCUGCAACAUCAAAUGGCUGUAGACAACGGUGCCAAGGAGAGCUGCGAAAUCAAAGCGGGCAACUUUCUGCAAGCACAAGAUCUGAAUGGCUUGGACAAUUAUCUAACCGACUGCGAGGAUUACGAUACAGACUCUGAGGUGGACUACGACGGCUGUGAGAAAUCUGUGUGUGUGAAUUUAGAUCAAGCUGUGGGCGAUCAGGGACGCGUCAGCAUAGCUGAUGGCGAAAAGCAUGAGGAUGACUCUGAUCACUACGAGGAUGUGUCGGUUAUCAGCGACAUAAGCGAUCUGGCCUCAGCUAUGUCUGACUGCACGGGCAUAGGCGUGCGUAAUAUGUCGCAGGACGAGCUGCUGCAGCUCUCAGGCAGCAACAGCGAGGAGGUUUGUCAAAUCGCCUGCUCUGGCAGUGAGUCAGAGUCUGGCGGCGCGGCAGCCUGCAGCAGCGCCAGCUACAGUGAAGCCAGCAUUGCACCCAUAGACGUGGCUUUCAUUGGCGCCAAUGGCGUGCCCAGACGCAACUCCAAGUGCUUGCCCAAGCAAUUUUUGCAAGUAGCUGCCAAGGCUGAAGAUGUGUUAACCGAUGUGGAAGGCAUUGAUGACUCGGCAGCUGAGGAUAGCUUUGAUAAUGAAGCUGAAGAUGAGCAGUCGAUACCACAUGCAGUUAUACUAGCGCCUGGCGAUGAUGGCUGCUGUCUUACUGAUGUUGAAGAUAUUUGCUGUGAGGAUGUAUCGGGCGCCAGUGCAGCAGCUGAGCCAUUGAGUGUAGCUCUCGAAUUGCUGCCGCUGCCACAGCGCGAGGUUAUUGAGCUGAAGGAGGACGAGCAUGGCGACACUACCACCAAUGUCAUGCCCAUGGAGAGCAACUAUGAGUUUGGCAUCUACAAUCAGCUCAAGGAUAUUGCAGCCACCGAUAGUGAAGACUACUCUUGUGCUGACGACUGCAGCUUGAAUGUUUCGCUAGCCGAGGAACUGGGCUUGGGUGGUGUCAGUCUUAUAGAGAAUGAAGUUAUCGUAUCCAAUGAGCUGUUGAAGCAGCAGCAAAACAAACGUCUAGAAGUACACUCCAAUGCAGAGUCGGUAACAGAUGUAGAGGAAAUCUUUGUAGCCGGCACCAAUCGCCGCAAGAAGUUGAAGACACGCACGCUGAGCAAGGGCAAGGGCAAGCUGCUGCUGCAAGUGGCAGCGAACAACAGUGCUGGCCACACUGAUGUGGAAGAUAUGGAAUUGAGCGAGUGUGAGCUGCCGCCAGGCAUGCGGCGUGUGGAACAGCUAAAGCAGCAGGCCAAGGCGCAAGGAUCAAGCGAUACUGAAGAGACCGACUCGACGGAUGAGGCAACUGAUCCGCCAGCUGAGGCGCUAGAGCCGCCCAAGCCCAAGCUGCAGCCUGCAGUGCACUUGCGCUUGCUCAAGGAGGAUGUCAACAUAAGUAACCAGAACACUGACAUUGAGGAUGUGCAGCUGCCCUCCGAUGCAGAGGAUGUGCUAGAGCUGCCGGCCAUACAAGUGGCCAAUGCGAACAGCAAAGAGCUCAACGAUAUGCUAAAUGAAAGCUACACUGUGGUGCAUGAUCGCACCGGCAGAGUCUUCAAUGCCCAGGCGGAGCAGCAGCAGCUGAAGCGCGUCAUGCGCGAUGCACACACAGAUGUGGAGUAUGUGGAGUCCGAUGAGUCUGCUGCGCGCGGCGGCAACUAGUCAAAGUCAAAGCUUAAGCAAAAACCAAUUAAAUCAAAAAUUAAUACUAGUUAAGCAACUGUCUAAUAUAAA